GAUGGUUUGAAUGGAAUUGGAAUAGCACGUUGCAUUCUCGGGUUAAUGGUUUCGGAGAGAGUUUGCAGUAUCUUUCUUUGGCAUUCCCCAGUAUUACAAAAGCAACAAGGAACUAGCGAACAGAACUUGACCAGAAGAGGUGAAUCGAUAAAGAGAAUACAAGACUUUAGAAGAAGACGUGGCUUGGAAUAUGAGGAGGAGAUUCAGCAGAAAGAUUUCCUCCAGCACCAUCAAAAAGUUGGAUGCUUUUUCAAAAGUCGCUGAUGUCUGCGUUGAAACCUCCAUCACUGGCGGAGCAGUUUCUCUGCUCACAUUCGCACUGAUAUCUGCACUAACUGUGGGAGAGUACUGUUAUUACCGCAACACCUGGAUUAGCUACAGCUACCAAGUGGACACAGAUACGUCCAGCAAGCUACAGGUAAAUAUCGACAUUACAGUGGCCAUGAAGUGUGACUAUAUAGGAGCAGACAUCACUGAGCAACUGGAUAGGCACGUCCAUGGGUUGGAGGAUUUUCAAUACGAACCUACCAACUUUGAGCUCUCAGCUAAGGACAGGGCCUGGCAGAGGAAGAUGAAGGAUAUUAAUCGACAGCUGCAGAUGGAACACAACCUCCUGGAUUCCCUCAUAAAGUCAUCGUUCAACUGGACGGCUCCAGCAGAGGGUCCAAAAGAUGUUGACUCGAUCGACCCACCGAAUGCAUGCAGAAUUCACGGAUCGACUGAGGUCAGCAAAGUAUCAGGAAACUUCCACAUUCUGGCUGGAAGGUCACAUCAGCUACCUGUAGGCCACGCACACGUGCUCUCAGUGAAGAAUCCCGAAGUGUAUAACUUUUCCCAUCGGAUCAACCACUUCUCCUUCGGAAUGCCAAGCCCUGGAUUGAUCCAUCCACUAGAUGGCAGUGAGAAGAUAACAGACUCAAGACUGUACAUGUUCCGUUAUUUCCUGAUAGUCGUGCCAACUGAGAUAAACACCUACAAGUUCUCCACAAGCACCUACCAAUACUCUGUCUCAGAGCAGGAGAAGAUGAUGGCAGGGAUGGGAAGGAAGGACGAGAUGCCGGGUAUCCUGGUGAAAUACGAUAUCAGCUGCCUUAAGAUCUUGAUCUCUGAGGAAGGAAUGUCCACCUACCAGCUUCUCAUUCGCAUCUGUGGUGUAGCUGGGGGGAUAUUUUCCACUGCAGGGCUUCUACACAGAAUCUGUGCAUUUAUUAUUAAGCUUCUUUGCUGCCAGUGUAAAUCCAGACAACAGUCACAAAGACACGAAUGAAAUUACUUCAGUCAAAGAACACCGACACUAUAACCAUGAUCUUUCAGUUAUUGUAUUUGAAAAUACAAAUUGGGGAAAUAAUUUUGAAUGGUCUGCAAGAGGAGCAGGUUAAAUGAACAGGCUAU